AUGGCACGUCUCGCGGAUGAACAAGGUCAAAGCGUCGACACGUCAACCCCGCCGCGAGCAUCAUCACUAUCAAGUAGCUCUGCUGGUCCCUCUCUUUCCCCGCCGAAGGGAGAUACAAAACCUCAAUGGCCGCCAAACCAAGGCAAGGGAGCGAAUCCCUCACCUCCUCCAAGCCCCAAGCGACCAAAGGAUCCCCGAACCAAACGGCGUUACUUGUUCGAUGCUCUAAAGAAGCGUCGUAUUUAUCGAAUCGCGAACACUGUCCGAUUCGACAGAGCGUGCCCGAAAAUUUUCAAUGCCACUAUGGUUACGCCUGAUGUGCUGGCUGAACUUGGGCACCGGCUGAUGGAAGAAGUACAUGGUCACCACUUCACUUUCAUCGAUGCUCAUCUGAGCCACGACGUCAAGGGCAUAGUAUGGGCCGCUCAAGACAUCGUUUCUCGAUUCGGAAAACUGGGGAGGGGUCGUGAUGCGAUCUGCGUUGGCAUACCAGCGAUGCGAGAGGGGAUCGAGGCUUGCAAGAUACUUGAAUACCAGCACGAUAUCCACGUAAACUUGACCUCAAUAUCGAGCUUGAUCCACGCCGCUGCUUGCGCAGAAGCUGGAGCAACGGCGAUCACAGUCCCUAUCUCAAAGAUGACGAGUAGGCAGAAAGGGCGCAAAGAAGUCAUGACUGGACCCGUUUUGGAAGAGAUUCGGGCGAUAAAGGCGUUUUACGCCUUGCAUGAGAUACCAACGAUGGUGAUCGCGGGACCAGCAGAGCAUGCUCGCGAGCUUUGUGCAUUGGCGUCCCUGGACGGGCUUGCAUUCACAGACGGACAAGGUCGAUGGUGUGAGCAAUGGAACUCAUACCCCAAGCUCGACGCCCGCUGCUCAGACUCCACAGAACAAUUCCUUGAGAAGCUUCCGUCCCCUAUAGACUUUGAGUAUCCCCACCCGGGUACAAAUCCCGAGGCCGUAUCUUCUGAGACACUCGAAAUCUAUGAGGACAUCUCCACGAAUUCUGAAACCUCGACGGAGUUCAAACACAUCAAAGCCAUCGCCAACUUCAUCCGCUCCAAACUGGUCCUCCAACGAUAUGCCGUCUCCAGCACUGUUGAACACUCGCACGGAUCGAAGCGUUCCUUUGAAGAUACGCCAAGCUCUGAGCGGUCUUCUAAGAAGAGGAAGAUGCGUUAAAGCCAGUGAUAUGUUGUAGGCGACGAGACACGAGGCUCUUAUUCUAGCCAAGGAGAAGGCUAGACGAGAGGAGAGGGACCCGCUCCAAAAACGACGGUGUGGAAAACGAUGGAGGAUUAAUUCCUUACUUCAAGCUCGAACAUUGGAAGAACUCGAAUGUAUGUAGUCCACCGACAGUAGGCGAGGUGUGUCAGCACCAUUCGAUUCCAUCAGGGAUGGAUAGUCUAUGGACCAUAUUGUAUUAGCCGUGUACGUGUCAUGUAACGAGGAUGUGGAUUAAUGUGGGCCCUGUUCAACGAGCAUGUAUGAAGGGGUCGUUUACGCCACCAACGCCACAGCAAUGUUAUACCGCGUGCACGACUCACCCUAAGCACUGAUAUGAUAACCUAGAACUCUCCAGGGAAUCCAUAUCAUGACUAUCAUCCGCCAAUUUACAUUGACGGAGAUGAACUGUGCUACAGCUAUCGCAACAAGCGGUCUCGCCAAACGUAGGCCUAGGAAAGUUCAUCCACACCGCCUCAACUAGGAACAAGGCGCUUGCCUGCAUCCGAGGACGUACGCAAACACCCACCAGUCAGGCUGGCUGGGAACAUAACUUCCUGUAUAUGUCUUAGCGGGCAGCCCGAUGAUAACUUAUCACCGUUGGGCAGGACAGUGCCAGCCCCAACUUGUGGUACCAUCGUCUGCCUACAAG